AUGUUCAGAAAAAUUCUAACUUCAAUCCAACGAAGACACUUCUCUUCGUCUUCUCCUGAAAGUCCAUCACUUUACUCUUUCCUCAAACCUUCUCUCUUCUCCCACAAGCCAAACACCCUCACGCCCUCUCUCUCGCCGCCUCAAACCCCCAAAACCCUAUCCCAAGACCAAAGAUCCUCCAUCGAAUCUGCCCUCCAUGAUUCCCUAGCUUCCCACAACACAGAUGAAGCAUGGAAGGCCUUUCGAUCUCUCACCGCCGCUUCUUCUCUCCCGGAGAAGCGUCUCGUCAAUUCCCUUAUCACCCAUCUGUCCGGUUCUUGCGGAGAUGGUGAAAACAGCUCGCACAGACUCAAGCGUGCCUUUGCUUCCGCUGCUUACGUCAUCGAGAAAGAUCCGAUUUUGCUUGAGUUCGAGACUGUCCGUACGCUUAUGGAGUCCAUGAAAGUGGCCAAAGCAGCCGCGCCUGCGUUGGCCUUGGUGAAGUGUAUGUUCCAGAACAGGUAUUUCGUUCCUUUUGAUCUCUGGGGGCAUUUGAUCAUCGAUAGCUGCCGAGAAAAUGGCACCUUGGCUGCGUUUCUUAAGGUGUUUAGAGAAAGUUGUAGAAUUGCAGUCGAUGAGAAGCUCGAUUUCAUGAAACCGGAUUUGGUUGCGAGUAAUGCUGCUCUUGAAGCGUGUUGCCGGCAGAUGGAAUCUCUAGCUGAUGCUGAGAAUGUGAUUGAAUCUAUGGCUAUUUUGGGUGUGAAGCCUGACGAGUCUAGCUUUGGGUUUCUUGCUUAUUUGUAUGCUAGAAAAGGGCUUAAAGAGAAGAUAAGUGAGCUUGAGAAUUUGAUGGAUGGUUUUGGGUUUGAAAGUAGAAGAGUCCUUUAUUCCAAUAUGAUCAGUGGGUAUGUUAAGAUGGGUGAUCUAGAUAGUGUUUCUGAUGUGAUACUGCAUAGUCUUAAAAGAGAUGGAGAAGAAGACUCUAGUCUCGUUGAGGAAACGUACUGUGAAUUGGUGAAAGGUUUUAUCGAGAGCAAAGGGAUAAAGAGUUUAGCAAAACUGAUAAUCGAAGCUCAGAAAUUGGAGUCUAGGUCCAUUGACAUUGACAUCGACAGAUCAGUUGGGUUUGGAAUCAUUAACGCUUGUGUCAAUCUUGGAUUCUCAGAUAAAGCACAUAGCAUUCUCGAGGAAAUGAUUGCUCACGGGGAAGUAUCGGUGGGGCUUGGAGUGUAUUUACCAAUCUUGAAAGCUUAUAGCAAAGAAUACAAAACAGCUGAAGCUACACAGCUGGUUACAGAGAUCAGCAAUUCUGGUCUUCAACUAGACGUCGAGAUAUAUAACGCGUUGAUUGAAGCGUCCAUGACGAACCAAGAUUUCAUAUCUGCGUUUACAUUGUUUAGGGACAUGAGAGACACAAGAGUGGCGGAUUUGAAAGGGAGCUACUUAACGAUAAUGACAGGUCUCCUUGAGAAUCAGAGACCUGAGUUAAUGGCAGCGUUUCUUGAUGAAGUUGUCGAAGACCCUCGUGUUGAAGUGAAUUCACAUGAUUGGAAUUCGAUUAUUCAUGCUUUUUGUAAAUCUGGACGCCUAGAAGAUGCGAGGAGGACUUUCAGAAGGAUGGUUUUCCUCAGGUAUGAGCCGAAUAACCAGACGUACUUAUCAUUGAUCAAUGGAUAUGUGAGCGGCGAAAAGUACUUCAAUGUUCUGCUCUUGUGGAAUGAGGUUAAAGGUAAGAUGUCGUCGAUAGAUGCAGAGACGAGGUCAAAGCUAGACCAUGCUCUAGUCGAUGCGUUCUUGUAUGCGUUGGUCAAAGGAGGGUUCUUUGACGCGGCGAUGCAAGUGGUGGAGAAAUCUCGGGAGAUGAUGAUAUUUGUGGAUAAGUGGAGGUAUAAGCAAGCAUUCAUGGAGACUCACAAGAAGCUCAGAUUGCCAAAAUUGAGGAAGAGGAACUACAAGAAAAUGGAAUCCCUUGUUGCCUUCAAGAACUGGGCUGGUCUUAGCACAUGAAAGGACAGAAGCCUAAGAUAUUGUCUCUAGAUGGUGUUGUGACACGUGGCAUUGCUAAUAUGGGGAGCAUUGGAUUAGAGAUUUUAGUUAAAAAAAGAUGGCGCCAAAAGAAGUCAAGACAGAGAAGAAUCACGAGGAGAGGAUUACUAACGAAGAGAGCCAUUGCGGGUAAAGUAGAAGGUUGAGAAAGCAAGGGUUCAUUGGAAAUUUACA